AUGGAGACCCUCGUCUUUUUGUUUUCGUUGUCUGCCCUCGGCAUUCUUUAUGCCAUGAACACCGUUCCUGAGCUUCAAGAGCCUUAUGUGAUCUUGGGGAUCGGCGUUGCUGUGUUGGUGGGCGUGUUUCUGUUCUACUUCCUCAUCACUCGUGGCAACCCACCUAAAGACCCCUUAUUCUUUGUUUUUGCAGUAUUUUCCUUUACUUGUGUCAUUGACCUGACGAGUGCCUUGGAACAUGACGGCAUUAUCUCCGGCUUCAUGGAAUUCUACCAAAAGACGGGGGAGCCCUAUCUGGGAACAGCCUACGCCAUCAUGAUGUGUUACUGGGAUGGAAUAGCGCACUUUAUCAUGUACCUGAUGAUGAUCAGCAGGAUAACAGACAGUAAAGCCUACCGUACCCUGGGAUUGUUCUGGGCUGGCUCUUUGUGCGCCAACAUGAGUGUGUUCAUCGCCGGUAUAGUGGCAGGUAAAUACGGGUCAGAGAUCCGUCCAGCCUUCUGGCUCAACUUUCUCUUCCUUUUGAUGCCUGUUUGGGCAGCCAUCACACUAUUCACUCGGCCCAAGGACAGACCACUUAUCGGUGGAUACAAUGCCCAGCACGCUCAGAGCAUGGUGCUGAUCUGGCGUCCUUUGGAUCUGACCCUGCUGCUCCUCCUGUUAGCUGCCAUGGCCUUCACUGCCCUCAGAGGCUUGGUCGCUCUGGACUCUCCACUGGAAGCCUGUUCCCUCUACCUGAGGCACUAUGAACCCUACCUGAAGGAUCCUGCGGGCUACCCGAGGGUGAUGAUGCUGCACUUGUUCUUCUAUGGACUACCUCUGUUGGGUGCCUUCGUUUACGGUCUCCUCAAGCCCGGAUGCUCGUGGAUGUCAGACUGGACUGUGUUCUUAGCUGGAGCCGUCAUCCAGUGCCAGUGGGCCCACAUCGGCGGGUCCCUCCACCCUCGUACCACGGCUCCAUUUCGUAUCCCAAACGAUGUUUUCUGGUCCGUGCUGGCAGCGAACUUGCUCUACGCGGUUAUUCCGAUCCUGGUGGCCAUGCGGGUUCACAGUAACCCUUACUUCUUCCUGAAGAUCGCCCCCUUUCCCGGGCAGACGGGUUUGCCAAACAGCGAGGAGAAAGAUACCAAGUACAAAGACAAAUAG